GUUUCAUUGUAACGUUUGCUUAAUUCAGCGAGAGAACAACGAAGUCAGUGAAGCUAAUUUGGUUAGAGAGUAUUACAGAUUCGAGGUCAUGAACAAAGAGCAACUUGAUCUCCUUCUUAGAGAAUCUGAUCGGUUCCCACCUCCUCAUGGAAUGAGAUUAUCAUAUGGAACAGCAGGUUUUAGGGAAGAUGCAUCGGUGCUUCUGUCGACGAUGUAUAGGGUGGGAAUCCUGGCCGCUUUGAGAGCAUUGAAAACCGAGGCAGUGAUCGGGUUGAUGAUCACAGCUUCUCACAAUAAAGUAUCUGAUAAUGGAGUAAAAAUCGCUGAUCCGAGUGGUGGAAUGCUCACCCAAGAGUGGGAGCCCUUUGCCAAUGCCCUUGCCAAUGCGCCUUCCUCGCGAGAUCUCGUUCGAUUAAUCAAUGAAUUUGCGGAGAAGGAGAAUAUCUUACUAGAUGGAUCGAAAUCAGCUCAAAUUCUGGUGGCAAGAGAUACGAGGCCAAGUGGAGAAGUGCUACUUGAUGCUGCUAAAAAUGGAAUCGGUUCGAUCAUUGGGGCUGUUGCUCAAGAUAUGGGAACUUUGACGACCCCACAGCUGCAUUGGAUGGUUCAUGUUCGGAAUAAAGGCUUGGAAUCAUCCGAACUUGAUUACUUCAAUGGACUCUCAAAUUCGUUCAAGUGGUUGUUGGAUUCAAACCCAAAUAAUAGUGAACUGAAUGAUUGGGAUAACCGGUUGGUUGUUGAUGGGGCUAAUGGUGUGGGUGGACAGAAGUUAGAACUUUUGAAGGAAAAAUUGAAUGGUUUGGCUAUUGAGAUUCGUAAUUCAGGAAAAGGAGAAGGUGUACUCAAUGAAAGAGUAGGUGCUGAUUUUGUUCAGAAAGAGAAGACAGUUCCAUGUAGCUUUGGUUCACAAGAUGUUGGGAUCAGGUGUGUUAGUUUUGAUGGAGAUGCCGAUCGACUUGUAUAUUUUACUGUGCCAUCAGGAAGUAGCAAUAAGAUCAAUCUUGUUGAUGGGGACAAGAUAUUAUCUUUAUUUGCUAUAUUCAUCAAGGAACAAUUAACAAUUUUGGCAGCAAGGAGCAAAGACACCAAAAUUGCUUUUGAGCCCCGCCUUGGUGUUGUGCAAACUGCUUAUGCGAAUGGAGCAUCAACUCGAUAUCUCAAAGACUUGGGACUAGAAGUAGUGCUCACUCCAACAGGAGUAAAGUACUUGCAUGAGAAAGCUGCUGAAUAUGACAUUGGGAUCUAUUUUGAAGCAAAUGGUCAUGGGACUGUCUUGUUCUCAGAUUACUGCAUUUCCCUGUUACAGCCCGUUUCUUGGGAGCUCUCCAAUGUAUUUGCAGGUUCAGAAACGCACAAGGCAGCCUUGAGAUUACUGGCAAUUAGCAAAUUGAUCAAUCAAGCUGUGGGAGAUGCUCUGAGUGGCUUGCUUCUAGUUGAGGCUAUUCUACGGCACAAAAAUUGGUCGAUACAUAAAUGGAGUGAGCUUUAUCAGGACCUACCGAGUAGGCAGCUCAAGGUGAAAGUCGUUGAUAGAACAGCGGUUGAGACUUCCAACGCAGAAACUAAGGUCGUGAAGCCACCUGGGUUGCAAGAAGCAAUCGAUUUGGAAAUAGCGAAAUAUCCUCAAGGACGUUGUUUCAUACGCCCCUCAGGAACCGAAGACGUCAUUCGUGUCUACGCAGAGGCAUCGACACAGGAAGCAGCAGAUGAUCUAGCGACCUCAGUAGCGAAACUAGUAGACCAAUUCCUUGGGGAUGGCAGUUCAAAAUAAGCAGAUUAAGGAACGACCAGUAUCCAUGAGUCAGACAUCAGCUUUUAGAUGUUUUAGUUUAUGCUUACGAACCUUAAGUUUUAACAUAAUAUUGUAAUGUAACGAUCACUGAAGUAAUUCAUCCUUUAAGCUUCAUCUUCGAGUGAUUCACUCGAGAGGGUCGCCGUUUUGCAUUCUCGAGAGGAGAACGUUGGAAAUGAGCAGACCUUUACUAGCAUUGGUCUGUUUUUUCUUAUGUUUCAGAACUGGGAUUAGGUCCUUUCUUCUUUAUGAAGCUCUUCUUUUGGAUGCCAUAUUACAUAAGCAUUCAAACAUAUUGUCUUCAA